AUGCAAAACUCGCCCGGCAAGACGACCACGUUGGGCCUGCUCCGCGACACGCUCAAAACAGAGGGCGUGCGGGGCCUGUACAUUGGCCUAUCCGCGAGCGUGCUGCGCCAAAUGACAUAUUCGCUUACACGAUUUGCGGCGUACGAAAAAAUCAAGGAGUACAUGCUCUCAGGGCAGAACGCCAAGGUUUCGGUAUGGACGACAAUUAGCGCGGCUGGCCUCGCCGGUGCUGCGGGCGGCUUUGCGGGCAACCCGGCCGACGUGAUCCUCGUUCGCAUGACCGGCGACCUCUAUCGCCCGGCCGACCAGCGCUUCAACUACAAGGGCGCAGCAGACGGACUGCUUCGCAUCACGCGCGAAGAGGGCAUUUCGUGCCUCUUCCGCGGUAUCGCACCCAAUAUGGUGCGCGCGACGCUCAUGAACUCGUCGCAGCUUGCUUCUUAUGACUUUUUCAAGGACCUGCUCCGGUCGACCGGCCUCUUUUCGCCGGCCUCGCUGCCCCACUACCUGUGCUCCUCGCUCCUGGCAGGAACAGUAGCAACGACCAUCUGCUCUCCGGCAGAUGUGAUUCGCGCACGCAUGAUGAACACAAAGGGGAACGAAAGCGGGCUGCCGCAGCUCGCCAAGGCACUCAAAAACGAGGGACCCAUGUUCCUCUUCCGCGGCUGGGUGCCGUCGUGGAUGCGCCUCGCGCCACAAACCGUCAUCCUGCUCACAGUGCUCGAGGAACUGCGUGCCUUGAUCGAUUACAUACGCAAAGAUUAA